UGACAAUAUACUCACCUAUGUUGCGAACGUUUAGCUCGUGUUGCCGCCGUUCGGCAGCGUUAGUCGUCAGACGGUUUGCAUCGCCGUUCUCAUCAACUGCCCGCGGAGCGACGGGUCCUCGCUACCAAGACAGAGUUGUUGUAGUGACCGGUGGUUCCAAGGGUAUUGGAGAGGGAAUUGUGCGUGUGUUCUGUAAUGCAGGCUCGAGAGUGGUUUUCUGUGCCAGAGGAGAGGAAAGUGGCAAGAACCUUGAAAGUGAACUCAACAGAGCAUCUCAUCAAGUGAUGUUUGUUCGUUGUGAUAUGACAAAACAUGGUGAUAUUGAGAAUCUUAUUAACACAACAGUCAAACAAUUUGGUCGCCUGGAUUGCCUUGUCAACAAUGCAGGAUGGCAUCCUCCUGUUACUCGUAUUGAGGAUGUGUCUGUGGAUGACUUCCAGUACCUUCUCAAUUUCAACCUCACAAGUUACUUUGUUGCUUGCAAGACUGCUUUACCACAUUUGAGGAAGACCCAAGGCAACAUCAUAAACAUUUCAAGUCUUGUGGCCACAAUCGGUCAGCUCGGCUCUGUUGCAUACGUUGCAACAAAGGGUGCCAUCAUAUCAAUGACAAAAGCACUUGCGGUCGACGAAGCUAAAUAUGGUGUUAGAGUGAACAGUGUGUCGCCGGGCAAUGUGAUGACACCACUUUGGAACGAGUUUGCACAGAGUGCUGACGACGUGCAGGCGGCUAUCAAGGAAGGCGAGGACGCUCAGCUGCUUGGCCGAAUGGGCACGCUAGAAGAAAGCGGUCAAGUUUGCCUAUUUCUAGCAGCCGAAGCAACAUUCACGACUGGGAUAGACUUUCUCUUGUCAGGAGGAGCCGAGCUGAACUAUGGCAAGAAAACAAGGCUCGACGACAGUUGACGUGAUAGAUACACAACAAUAAUUGAUGACAGUGAAUGCCAUUUUUAGUUGGAAUGUCAUGUUUUCGAUGAUGUUUUUAUAAACGUUAUUUUUGUGUGAUUAGAUUAUUUCUUAUGUACACUGGAAUAUAUGGAGUUACUGAGCA